GGUAACACAGAGAAAUGAGUACAAGCAACUAUAGCAAUAUCAAUGGUGGUAGUGCUUUCUUCAUACUCCUUGAUCUUCAGGAUCUUGAAGCUGGAUUUAAAACUGGCAACUUCUGAAGUCUCAGAAUACUACUUUUUAUGGAGGAAUACUGACUACUAAUGUAAUUUUUUUAAUGGGAUUUGCUUGUUUGGUUUUGUUGUAUUGUGGGGAGGCUUUUACUGAUCUGAUAGAAAGUGCCAUGUGUUGAGCUCAGAGACUUCACAUGGCUUCUCUCAUUUCCAAGUGUUGAGUUCAUAAAAUUGAUACAGGAAGACCAGAUUUUGGCAUUAUCAAGAGAAUCAGUUGCAGAGGAAAACCACCUGAUUAGUAUCGAGAAAAUAAAAUCCCAGUCUUUUAGGAACAGUACAAGCUCGGGAAAAGUGAUCAGUCUGUGAAGGGGAAGCAAGCUGGGGAGAAACUGCCAAGCAAUUUGACUAGUCUGAACACUGGCAAGUGUCCCAAUAUUAUAAAGGGUUAAAAACCAGAAUUUGCUCCUUUAAUAACAUGUUCAUGUUCCUUUCUUGGUAAACCAGUUCUUCAUCUUUAUCAACUUGCUCCUGGUACUUGUGUAGCAGGUUACAGCUUAGCCUAAAAGUUGGCUUUCUUUUUUUGUUCUUUUCUAUCGAUCCAUUUUUUCCAUUUUUUGUAAAAAUGCUGUAAAGCUCCAGGUUUUGAUCUAUAAUUCCAUAUCUGAAAACAACUGACAUGGCUUCUUCUAGUUGCAUCCUGCAAAAAUCAAUACUACCAGGGGUUUUUGUUCUUAUUACAUUUUCAGCCUUUUCUGGUUGUGGGGUUUUAUCCAUUUUUAUCACAUCUUUAGUGUUGAUUAUAUCCACAAUUCUCUUCGCAUAUGCAAAGCGAGAAUAUCAAGAAGAAACGGUGCAAACAGUAGAAGUUCUUAGUCAGAGCAGUAUUAGUCACCCUAUUCUGCAGCGGCAAGAUUCACCAGAAUCUGAGUCUGAAGGAGUUGACAAUAAACCAGUGAAAGAAGCUAGUCAGCACCAGCAAGAUUCACCAGAAUUUGAUGAGGUUGACAAUGAAUCAGGGAAAGAAGUUGUUGGAAUCAGCAACACAGAGCAGCAGCAAUGUUUCCCUCAUUUUAUCAAAGUAUCAGAAGAGCAGAAGGCAAAAGCUGAUGAGAGUAAUACUUUUCAAGAAAAGGCAGUUCAAAAUCAGGGAGGUGGUGCAGCUCAUCAGAUUCAUCCUGAUUUGUAUUCAGAAAGUGAAAGUAUUGAUGGUCAGUCAUUUUCAAGUGAUCAAGAUUCAGAUAUUGACUGGUCAUACUCAGGUAACUUACCAAGCCAAAGCCCAGAAUGUUCAGAUGAUUCCAUUUCUGAUGAAGAAAGCUUGAUUGAGAUAGCUCUUCCUAGUGGCCAUUAUGUUGGACCAAAAGAAGAAUAUCCCAAGUUUUCUUGGCAGCAAAAGUUUCAAGAUUUCUCCACAGAAACAAAAAUGUUUCAUCAGCAUAGCAUCAAGCAGCUCUUUGCAGAAAUCAAUGACAUGAAUGAGGAAGAAAACUUGAUUGAGAUCGACCUGUCCAUGGGUUCAAUCAAGUGCUCAAGGUUUGAGAUUGAGGCCUAAGUAACACUGAAUCCUUUAUCAUGGUAGUAUUUUACAUCUGUAACUCCUUGUUGAUCAGUAUUGAAAGUUUUUGAUCCUUAUGGAUUUUGUGGCAUAUAUUAAUUUGUGCUGGUAUCUUUUGGCAUUCAAAUUCAUAAAUAUAA